AGCCCAGGCUGACCUCCAACUUGCAGCAAGCCUCCUGCCUCAGCCUCCAAAGUGGUGGGAUUUCAGGCACAUGCCCCCCAUCUGGCCUCACGGAAGUACUGCUGAGAGUCACUUCGUGUCAGAUUAUUUGAGGGGUGGUUUGAACUGUUAACAUGGUCCUCUGACAUUCUGCCCUUACAACACCGCUGAGCAAGGAUGGUGGGCCUUUCCGUUAGAGGAGAGAAACUUCAUUUUUGGAACAUGUGCAAGACAUGGGGGCUCCUGAAAGCCGGCUCUGUCCCGGAAGGGGGCAGGUUGGGGUCUGAGGACUGGGUGGGUAGGCUGGAGCUAUCCAGCUAUCCAGCUAUCCAGACCCCUCUGCCCAGUCCUGGAGGGAGGGAGUCCCCUGUCUGGACAGCAGCAGCUGACUGCCCACGCUCAGUCCCGCGGGAGGGGAUGAGCAUGACUCAGCCGUUCCCGCCCUCCUCCUGCAGCAGGUCCUCACCGACGACCUGAAGGGUUAGACGCCAAAGUGACCCGAAGUUCCCACGAGGAACAGAGAGCGAGGAAGUCUGCCAACUCAGCUGGUUAACAAAUGCCCAGGGCAUUAACGAAGCCCACUUCGGUGUGUGCCCCUGCGCUGGGACCGGUCCCAGCCCCUUCCUCUCUGGCCCGUCCCCUGCUCUGCUUCCCGGCCACGAAGAAAUCAGCAGUUCGCUCCCCACGCCCCUCGGCCCAGACGUCCCCACCUGGGAGCCGGCCACAGACCGGACCCUCUGCAGCCGCGGGCCUAAUGAACCCGCCGGCCGGUAUGCUGCGUGCGCGCACUGUGUCUGUGGCCGAGAAGCCAAGAGACGCAGGGAGGAGCGGUACGGGCUCGGGAACUUCUCCAGAGUGGAUAAGUGGAAGCUGGCCGCGGCUCGGGUACGCAGUUUCUGGCAGCGGCGGGAACCUCGAGAGGGCAGCGGCCAGGCCUCCUGUGCCGUCACCUCGGCAGCAGCCAGCGAGGCCAGGGCCGAGAGGGGCGACGCCCUCGGCUGCCUCCACCCAGGGCCCGCCUGGCGGCCGGCAGGCAGAGGCCCGGCUUGCAGCGAAGCGCGCAGCCCGCGCUGAGGCCCGCGAGAUCCGCAUGAAGGAGCUGGAGCGGCAGCAGAAGGAGAUCUAUCAGGUUCAGAAGAAAUAUUAUGGGCUGGAUACUAAAUGGGGUGACAUCGAGCAGUGGAUGGAGGACAGCGAGCGCUACUCGCGCAGGUCCCGGAGACUCGCCUCGGCCUCGGACGAGGAUGAGCGCCUGUCAGUGGGUAGCAGAGGCAGCCUGCGGUCGCAGCCUGACCCAGAGUCCGGGGGUCCCUACGCCUGGAGUAAUGGUUAUGAUGGAGAGUUGUCCGGACCGCAGCCGGUGAGCAGAAGAUCCGGCAGGAACUCCAGCUACAGCGGAGACGGCAGAUUCUCCACGUUGUCAUCGCCCAGGGAGGAGAAGCUGCCCUCCUAUCUGUGCGGCGCGGCCCGGCCUGCAGGGAGUUACCGGGCAUCUGUCUUCCAAGAGAGCAGCAUCGACCUGGCUCGGCGGGGCAGCGCCUGCAGUUCCCUGGCUCCCGCGGAGUACAGCGGUCACCUCAACUCCAGCUCCCGCGCCUCCUCCAGGGCCAGCUCGGCGCGCGCCAGCCCGGUGGUUGAAGAAAGACCUGAAAAAGAUUUUAGUGAGAAGGGCUCCCGCAACAUGCCCAGUCUGUCCGCAGCCACCCUGGCCUCGCUCGGCGGCACCUCCUCCCGCAGGGGCAGCGGCGACACCUCCAUCUCCAUCGACACCGAGGCGUCCAUGAGGGAAAUUAAGGAGCUCAAUGAGUUAAAGGACCAGAUUCAGGACGUAGAAGGCAAAUACAUGCAGGGAUUGAAAGAGAUGAAGGACUCUCUAGCAGAAGUAGAAGAGAAAUACAAGAAGGCUAUGGUUUCCAAUGCUCAGCUAGACAAUGAGAAGACCAACUUCAUGUACCAGGUGGACACCCUCAAAGACGUGCUGCUGGAGCUGGAGGAAGAGCUGGCUGAGGCCCGGCGGCAGUGUGAGGACAAGAGCAAGGAGCUGGAGCGGGAGCGGCACGCGCACAGCGUCCUGCAGUUCCAGCUCGCCGAGGUGAAGGAGGCGCUGCGGCAGCGGGACGAGAUGCUGGAGGAAAUCCGCCAGCUACAGCAGAAACAGGCGAGUUAUAUCAGGGAGAUUUCUGAUCUUCAGGAAACGAUAGAGUGGAAAGACAAAAAGAUAGGGGCGUUAGAGAGGCAGAAAGAGUUCUUUGACUCUAUAAGGAGCGAACGCGAUGACCUUAGAGAAGAAAUAGUGAAGCUGAAAGAGGAAUCCAAGAAACACGGAAUAAUCCUAAAUUCAGAAGUAGCUACCAACGGAGAAACUUCAGACACACUAAAUAAUGUUGGGCACCCAGGCUCUACCAAGAUGACGACAGAAGAGAUAAAUGCCCUCAAGUCAUCCGGGGACGGGACACUAGGAAGAGCGAAAGAAGUGAAGGUGGAAAAUGAAAUUGUGGAGAAUGUGGGGAAAAGAGCAAUCUUGCAGAAUACUGAGCGAGAACAGCACAAAGAGGACACAGUACGGGAUGGUGUGGGCAUACAGGUGUCUCACCCCGGUGAAAGCGCUGAGGGCCAGACAGCCUUCGAAGACUUCACAAAUGCCGAAUGUAAGGAGCAAGUUCAAAGCCGAGGUCCAGAGAACUGUGAAACUCCAGGGCAGGUUGGGUCCCAGGAAGCCACAGUCAUGCCAGUCGAGGGGACUGAAGCGUCCCUGGGGCAGCCCAAGUGUCCAGAGGAUUUAGGUAGUGGAGCCCCUGGUCCCGGGCACAGCCAGGACGCUUGUCAUGCUUUGGGUGGCACAGAGCAGAGUGAAAAACCUGUGGAAAGGCAGGACCAAGAAAACCAAGGUUUGAAAACAGACGUAGAAGAGUUUCAUCCAAAACUGUGUGGGGGAUCUGCGCCUGUGCAAGGAGCCCAAGUGGAACGGAUGAGCUGUGCAGAUCCUGGGGGGCCAGGCGGGGACCACACAGAGGAGGAGCUAGAGGCAGGAGGAGGUGCAGCAGGGGCCCCUGAAAGUCACCCUGGGAAUCCUCCAGUGGGUGAGCUGGACUCCGGCACAGGGCACAGCUCAGAGAAGGCACUCACUGAGCAGGAAGCAGCUGAGCCUGGGGAGGCCCCUGCUCAGAGCGCAGAAGUAGGCAGAGAGGACAGUGUGGAGGACGAGGGAGACGUAGAAAAGAAGGAUGAGAAACUAGUCCAGACAGAAGCACAGACCGUUCCUGGGGCUCCCACAGCCCAGAACGGCCAAGAGGAAGCCCCAGGUCCUGGGAGGGCAGACACCGAUCGUGAGCCCAACGAAGGAAAGAGCAACCACCAGGCAGAGGCAUCAGAUUCAUCCCAGAAGAAGUCAAAGAGCAAGAAAAAGAAAAACAAGAAGAAAAAAUCACCUGCACCCAUAGAAAGCCUUGAAGAUGUCAAGAAAGAGCUGACCUAUCAGAACGCAGAGGAAGGAGAAGCUCAGGAAGAGUGCAGACAGUUUGCCAGCAAAAAACCCGCGGCAGAAGCUCAAGAGGAGGGGACCGACAACGCUCUGCAGAGCGUCGUGCCAGGAAGCGGUGAAGGUGAUGAUCGUCCUGAGGCCGAGGUGGAUGGAAAACUGAACCAAGAGGAUGAAGAUGUGGAAGCAGAGGGGGAGGGCGGGGCAGCUGCUGGGGACGCCGUGGAUUUUGCAGGCAGUUCUGCCCCGUCCCUAGGCACCAACGCUGGCGAGAAAGAGGGGGUAGAAGUUGUCACAAACAGCAGCAGCACUGAAACAGCUGGUGUCCCUCCAGAGGUGGAGGAUGCAGAGGGGACCGGGAGCUCUCUGCAGCACAACGCAGGCCCCUCAGGGGCCAUCGCCGACGCCUGUGAGACAGGAAGUCCUGAGAGCUGUGUGACGUCCCAGCAGCAGAGGCAGCCGGUCCUGGAAGCUGCAGGCAGCGGGAGCCUAGAAAAGGGUGAUUUGUCUGAGCCAACUGGAGAGCCGGGGGACUUGAGUGCAGAGAGCGGAGGCCGUGAAAAAGGAGGGAGCGAGAGGGGCAAAGGCAAGGAGGACUGCACCAUGUCCUAGGCGGGCAGGCAGGGCGCGAGCCGGGGCUCCUGGGACCAGGCACCCCGCACAGUGAGCCGCCGCCGCCGCCGCCACGCACCGACCUCCACCUCCACUGGGGCGGCUCGGCUCAAGGGACGUUCUGAGUCGGUGCAGACCGCUGUAGAGCAGUCGUGUCCGGGCUCUGCUGCUCCACGCUGCAGCCCGAUUCUCUUAGACUCAUGUGGAAUCAUCAAGACAUCACCCAGAUCAGAGGGAAAAUCACAUCUGUGUUCAGUGGAAGUUCGGAAUGAGAGCAUUCCCGGAGCACGGUACUGUCAGCCUGCUCAGUGUUCCAGCCGAUCCUCGCAUCUGCCCGAGGCCAAUAUGACUGUGGGUACUCUUGACCAAAUUCAUCAGCACCUAAUCGAGAUGACCAAACAGCGUUCUGAGAUCUCUGCCUUAGGAAGAUAGCGGAUAUUUAAACUAGUAUGUCUCACUCAAGUAUAUGUACUUUCAUAGCUGCUUUUACAGUGUAUGUUAUAACCUGUCUGGUGUUUUAUUUAAAGGAGAUGAAUGGUCAAAUAGCCUAUAGGUCACCGAGUGAUAAGAUUUGCACCUUUAGGACAAUAAUUAUCAUUUUAGGGAUAACAAGUAAGUAUCUGAAAGCACUAGAGAGAUCUUAUUUGCCUUUACCUCGUUGAAGUAUUUUUCUUCACACUGAUACUUUCAGAUCGCAUAUCAAUGAUACCUGCAUUUAUUUUGUAAAAGAUGUUUACUUCAUACUGAUGAUGUACCAAAUUCAUUUUAUACAAAGAAUUUCAAAAAUAUUUUUUUGGAAUGUUUUUCUAGAGUUGACAUGUUGAAAUUGCAUUUCCUACUGUAGUGUUUUGGUGGGGGAAUCAUCACAAUUUUUUUAAACCUUGAAAUUGCUACUGUUUGUUUGAAUGUCUUGUUAGUCAAAAGAACAAUACAAAAGUUACUUAUUGUUGUGGAAACUACUCAUUAGUCUAUAAUUGGAUAUUUUAUUUUUAUUGUAGGGGAAUAGUUUAACAGAAUCACUUUUGUUUUGGUAUAAAUAUAUUUGUUAUUUCUCAGUAUAUUGAUUGAAAAUUUCUUGUCUCGAUCUGCUAAAGGAAUAUAUAUUUUCUAUAUAAAGGAGCUUUAAAAAUAAUUGUAAAAGUUAAAUAAAAAGUAACGAUAAGAUAUAUAAUCCAAGAGAAUGUACAUCAUGAGUACUGGCGACACUUGAUCAGUUGAUGCUAAUUCGUAUCUCUGUUACAAGAUGUAAUUGAGGGCCGGGAUGCAGUGGCUCAGCGCCUGUCUGCCAAGCACUAAGUCCUGAGUUCAGUUUCCGGUACCGGAAAAAAAAAAAGAUGUAAUUCAGUGCAGAAAGACCAAACCCUCAGUAAAAUCUGAGGCACACCUAAGUGUUACAGAACUGAAAUAAAAGCAUUUUGUAAUUGCA